AUGGACCAGACAAGGCCUGCUACGUCUGGCCAGUACGGCCGCUACCGACCUCCAACACAACUUGUCUCGAACGCAUCCGUCGCUUCAUCGCAGGCAUCCAUCUCCCGGCAACCCAAAAAUUCAAGACGCGAUUCAUUGCCCUUCUCCUUCCCGCCUCUCUUCCAGCCGAACACUUCAUCGACCUCUCUCAUACCAUCCACAGCAGAGGGCAAGCCGAUUCCACUCGACGACGACACAGCUGCCCACCGCACUCUGGCCCUCCGAGAACUCAACGUGAACUACCCGUCGCGCAGCCGUUACGCGAAGUCGACAGGAGCUCAGAGCAGCACCAACUCACAGCCUGUGCUCGUACGGACUUAUUCAGAGACGGAGAGCAGGCAGUCGAGCACCACGCGCAGCAUCAUCGCAGGAGGGAAGCCUGUUCACUCCACCGCAAACAACUCUGUUGGCAACGGCCCUGCCGCUUCGGUCAGGCGUAUCAUAGCAUUUCGGUCGCCACUCAGCGGUCAGCAGCAUGGUCUGCUGAGCAUGGCAAGAGCAAAGUCGAAGAAGGGCCUAGGCAAUCGUGAUGCGACGACCAAGCUGCCGCCCAUCGAGGCGUACAGCUUUAAACAAAUGAUGGCCAACAUGGAGGCAGAGGAAGACACCAGCAUCAACGCUGACCUGGACCGCAUUGCUGAGAUCUGUGCCAGAUCUCGGUAUUCCCUCAGCAACCAAUAUGAAGUCCAUGUCACCCCACAUGGGUCUGGCGCUGCGUUCAUGGCCUCGGUGUCGUCACGACGUCAACAGCACACCAACGGACCCACUCUGCAGGCCGUCACCUCGGAUGAUGAACGGCAAGCGAGUCGUCUUCACAAGAGGAGAGGUGGUGGCGCCCGGCGGAGAAGCAUGGCCAUGGGCACCCUGGAAACCAUCAUGUCGUCGAGCGGCUCGUCGGAGGAUGGCAAGUCCAAAAAGAAGUCCGCCAGCGAAAUCACCCAAGAGUCUCAGGAGGAGGAAGUCAUCCUCCUUUGCGUCAGCCAUGAUUGA